AUGGGUUGUGUGUGUUGUUCUCUAAGCUCGUUCUUUUCUGUCCUCUUAGAUGCCCUCGAAAGAAUCUCACUAUGCACAGUAUGCGCCAUGCUGACAUGUUGCUUCUUUUUCACCAUCCUAACAGUUCUGAUAAUGGGAAUCGGCAUCGGUUACCAUUACUGUUUUGUGCAAACUUCCGUGGAAGCUGUAGAGAAGGCAGCUAAAGCCACAACAGCCUUGCGUUCUGGAGACAGGCCGGAAAGGAGCACAAUGAUGCGCUCUGUCGACAGAGUGAUGAGGCGAGGUUUGUCGCGCAAAGCCCGUAGUAACGCAGACGGCAGUCCUGUGUUUAAUAACAACACGCUAAAUUCGCUGCAUCCUCUAAAUUAUAACUACACACUUUUUAAUAAUACGGAUAGCUUAUUUAAUAAUACAGAAUUAAUAAAUAUUAUAAACAGCACUUUAGACAAUACAAUAAAUUAUACCAUUACUCAAUUGUGA